UGGCUUCCAAGGGGAAAGCUUCGCUGGAUUUCACCGACAAAAGUGCUGUUUUCAGCGAUCAGAUGCAUGCCCAUGUUACCCAACGUGUUUGUGGGGUUACACUUAACCCCUGUGCUGAAACUGCAAGAAAAAUAAACGUAGAAAGGGAGCCGCCCACGAUUCCGAGGAGAAGACAAGAGCUUCUCAAGUGGAAUGGCUGGGGCUACAAAGAUUCCAAGUUUGUUGUGAAUAAGAAUGGCUUGAUUGAAUUCACUGGAGAAAGGUACCAGUUGAGUGGUAAAAAUAUGCCUCUGCUGCGAGACUGGAUGCAGAGGACCAUGGGUGCCAGCCUGGACCACAGGUCACCAGCCCAAGCAGAGAUUAGUGCAUCUAAGAUACCGCCCCCAGUCAAAAACGAUGCGUUCAUUGAUGCAAUGAAGAGGUCGGGUAUCACUUACACGGAUGAUCAAAGGGACAGACUAUUCAGAGCCCAUGGUCACACACUGAGUGAGAUCUUCACUCUGAGAGAAGGUUGCUUUGAACGCAUUCCUGAUCUAGUGGUUUGGCCAACUAGUCACAGCGAUUGUGAAAAGAUCGUCAAAUUUGCCUGCCAGAACAAUGUUGUAAUCAUUCCAUUCGGUGGUGGGACCAGCGUCUCCGGAGCAUUAUUAUGUCCCCUGGAUGAGGAGAGGAUGAUAGUCUCUCUAGAUACUUCGCAAAUGAACAAAAUCCUCUGGAUUGAUGAAAAGAAUUUAACUGCCCAUAUAGAGUGUGGAAUAAUAGGACAAGACCUGGAAGUUAGGUUGGCUGAGAAAGGUUACUGCACCGGCCAUGAACCGGACUCGAUGGAAUUCAGCUCCCUUGGUGGAUGGGUGGCUACAAGGGCAUCAGGAAUGAAGAAAAACAUCUAUGGCAAUAUUGAAGACUUGCUGGUUCAUGUCAAGGCUGUUACGCCCAGGGGCACCAUGGAGAAGAGUUGUCAGGUGCCAAGGAUGUCUGUUGGACCAGAUGUACAUCAUUUCAUCAUGGGAUCGGAGGGUACAUUGGGCAUUAUCACAGAGGUCACUCUUAAGAUCCGGCCAGUCCCUGAAUGUCAGAAGUAUGGCUCUAUCGUGUUCCCAGACUUUGAGCCCGGUGUGGCCUGCCUCAGAGAAAUUGCUCGGCAGAGAUGUGCCCCGGCUUCGAUCAGACUUAUGGACAAUGACCAGUUCCAAUUUGGAGCGGCUUUAAAGUGCGAAGAAGGAUCCAUGUUCUCAAAUUUCGUCGACAGUAUAAAGAAGUUAUAUGUGACAAAGAUCAAAGGUUUCGACCCGAUGAAGUUAUGCGUGGCGACAUUAUUGUUUGAAGGAACAAAAGAGGAGGUUGCGGCUCAGGAAAAACGCGUCUACAACAUCGCAUCAAAAUUUGGCGGUCUACCUGGAGGCGAGGACAAUGGCAAACGUGGAUAUAUGUUGACAUUUGUCAUUGCUUAUCUUAGAGAUGUUGGCCUGGAAUAUUACGUUGUGGCAGAAUCAUUUGAGACGUCCGUCGCCUGGGACAGGGUGCUAGAUCUGUGCAGGAACGUCAAGGACCGUAUCCACAGAGAAUGCAAAGAGCGAGGGGUUCAGUUCCCACCCUAUGCCACAUGCAGGGUGACCCAAACCUACGAUGCCGGUGCUUGUAUAUAUUUCUACUUCGCCUACAACUACCGUGGACUUUCCAACCCGGUGCAUGUCUAUGAGGAGGUGGAGAACUGUGCACGGGAAGAGAUCCUAGCGAAUGGGGGCAGCCUCUCCCACCAUCAUGGAGUUGGGAAGAUCAGACGGAAAUGGCUUCAGAGAAUGGUGUCGCCAGUCGGUGUGGGGAUGUUGCGCUCAGUCAAGGAAUAUAUCGACCCUGAUAACAUAUUUGGCAGUAGAAACCUCCUGCCUGACAAUGAACCUUCGAGCAAACUGUGAUUCAAUGAAAGCAAAAUGAACAUGAUCAUUAGGAAAAUACUGCAUCUGUUCAUUUGAGGCUGAAUAAGAAGGCCUGGGCUUAUUUUUUGUUAGUGUGGAUAAGACUGGGUUUGUUCCCAAUCUGUAGUUUUGAAAGUACAGUAGAACCUCUCUAUUAAGGACAACCUCGGGACUGACAAGUGCUGUCCUUAAUAGAAAGGUGUCCUGAUUAGAGAGGUCAAAUUGAAUGGUAACAACCAAUUUGGGACUAAAACAAGUGUCCUUAAUAGAGAGGGUGUCUCUAAUAGAGAGGUGUCUGCUAAGGGAGGUUCCACUGUAUUGUUUUGUUGACGUCCGUUAUUGGAGAUGACCAACCUGGCCUUGAUAAGAGGUUGAGGACUGAUAAAUCCCUGUGAAAACAUGUGGUUAGUUCUUCUGUAUCAGGUGGUUUAACCAGACAAAUUAUUAAGUUUUGAUUUGCAUUUAUAAUUGGCGUGAACUGAAUGAAGUAUACUCGUGAAAUGAGAAGUUGAUACAUUCAAAAAUCGUGAAUCUUUAGAACAAAUUACUGCCAUAUAUGUAAUCUAUAGUGUCGGACAUUAAUUUGUACAUAAAUAAUGCGUAUGAUUUGGAAAGGGAUGUAGUGUCACUGUCAUCGUGGUAAUUUCUUAUGGACUGGUCUGUGGAUAUGUGCUGUUGUAGAAAAAGUUUUGAAAAUAUUGAUGCGUAAAUAUAUUGAAAGAUAAAAUUGCAGUACAUGUACUGACCUGAAGAUGAUGGGGUUGUGGAUUUGAUAACCCCGAGUUUCUAUUUUCUAGUCAGUGUCUUGGUCUAAUAUCAAAAAUCAUAUGUUUUCUCACAUUUUUCUCUACUUCUCUUGUAGUCAAAUAAUUCUUCAACGAAAGUCUUGGUAUUCUCCUCCCUUACAAAUUCUCCCCAUUUUCUCAGCAUUUAUCCCUGCGCCUUAUUUUCGAAUGCAAUAGUCAAUUGUAAAAAUGCAUUUUAUUUAUUAAUAAAAUCCAAAAUUCAAAUUGAUUAAAAA